AGGCGGAGCUUGGACGAACAGGGAGGCGGGGCCGAAAGUUCUUAACCCAAGCUGGGGAAGAAGCAGUUUCAGGUAUAUGGCAAAGGUCCCCCCCACAGUUUGUCUUCACAGGAGGUCUCAGCAUGAGACAGCAGCACUGGUGUGGGAUGACCGCCAAAAUGGGCUCCGUGUUAUCAGGGGUCUUUACCAUCAUGGCCAUCGACUUGUACCUCAUCUUUGAACGCAAGUACUUAAUGAAAGGCAAUUGCACUGAGUUAUCCUCACAGAUCAAGGGUACAGGGAUGCUGGCAAAGCAAGCCAUCAUCUGCUGGAGUUGGACAAUCGUCUUCUGCCUUUCUUUCAUCACUCUCAUCAUCAGCUGCUUGCUCCUCUACUCAAUAUACACCCAGAUAUACAGGGGCUUGCUCAUCUAUAUCAUCUGGAUCUUUUUCUACGAAACCGUAAACAUUGUAAUACAAAUCCACACCAACGAUGACUCUAACCCGGAAGAGGUCAGAAUCCUGCGCUGGUUUGGUUUGGUAUCCCGUACACUGAUGCACUGUUUCUGGAUGUUCUUUGUCAUUACCUAUGCCUACGUGAUCUACAAAAAUCAAAGCCCCAGCAAUAUCAUUUCCUACAAUAGACGGAUUUCGACGGGCAGUGGAGAGUUCUCAUGGCGGAAAGCAAAGAUAAUCAACUUGACCCGCCAGUAUAAUGAAUGAUGUUGGCCCUUUUCUUUCCCCUGAGGGGUAGAUCUCCCCGGUUCUCAUGGUUCAGUUUCCAUCUCUUUUACUUUUCAGCAAGUAGAGACUCUACCGCCGCCGCUCUUAGGAGGGAAUACGGAGAGAAAUGUGAUCAUGGUCACAACUGGAACAUCCUGCUCCUUGAGGACGUUUAAAGGACAUGGUUCUUUAUCAAGUGCUCCUUGCUUUCCCCUUUCCUUUUCUUGUCAGUGCCACCUUACUGGUCAAAAUGAAGAGGGCAAGUAAUGAAGUGAAGCUGAAUCGCAGCCUGGCCAUUCUUUCAUCUUGGUAUAUCUUCAUCAGCCUUCAACCCACAGCUCUCUGGCUUAACGCUGGGACAGGCAAAUCUGUAUUUAUAUUUCAGAUUGUAACACAAAGAGUAUUGUUGGUGCCUUGAUGUGCCCUUGUGCUAUGGGUUUUCACCCUAUGUCCUCUAAAUUAUAUUCCAGAAUAAAACUAGAGGAAAA